GGAGCGCAGCGGUGGGGCGCAGCAGUGUGCGCCAACAUCAGCUGCAGGGAUGCACGCAGACUGAGAACGCAGCCGCGACUUCUGAGAAGAAACGCGCAAGACAAGUCUCUAAAAGCCCAAAACAAAAGAUCAUUAUGCCGACCCCUGCAUUACCAGGCGAUUCUCCCGAUGCGCUCGCUGUGUGUUUGGAUUAAGUUUCCGUGUCAUGAAGGAGCUCCAUCUCUCCGUGGGCGAAAUGAGGACAAGUGCCGGCUGCCGCAGAUGAUGAUGAUGAUGUCCCACAAUGAACGCAGAUUUCUCAAAGUCACUGCAAGUUCCUCGACCAAAGGUUCGUAGUCAUCUCACUAUCAAGGUGCAGUCCAAGCUGAUGCCAAAGCCUUGCGCCUCUGUCCAUGGCCCCAAACCUCCUGUUGCCCCCAAACCCUGGUAUCAUCCACAGGAAACCCCCUGCCCUCAACAUGGCAUCAGUAAUGGAGAGCUGACUCACACUGAAGGGGACCCUGAUGAGACCCAUGAAAUGGCUAAGGAGAAUCGUAACAGUGAGGAGAAAAAAGAGGCACAGGAUGAGCUUUAUGACACAAGUGCAGGAGGGAUUGACAAUGAGGACACCAAAGAGCAAGAAACUGAAGUGGGAAGUCUAAAAGAAGCAGGAAUAUUGGAUAAUGAUGGUGAUGCUGACAGCAUAAGUUCAAGCAACACAGUCAAAGCUGAUGAUUUGAUCAACACUGCAGAGGAGGAAAACACUGACAGUGAGUUUAUUCAGUCUGAAGAUAUUGCUGACGUUGAUAGAGAGACUUCUUCUCAGCCUUCCCUUUCUCUUGUCACCUCAGAGGAUGAAGCAGGACAAGAUGAGGAGGAGAAUGGUCACACUGUUAAAACUAAUGUUUGUUCAGGUCCUCUUGAAAAAUAUGACGGAUAUGUAAAUGCGCUUAAACUUGAUCAGACGCAUUCAUUCAGCUAUGGGUGUGAAAACAGUGAAAAGGCCUGCGAGAACUGUCUGCCUUCUGGCUCUGUAACAAAUGAGAACGAGCUGGAAGCUGAAGGAUUCGCAUUUGGAUUCAACGUGCUCCCAACUCUCACAGAGGAGUAUCCCUACGAUUUAAUUGGGCUCACCGAUGAUGCCAGUGAUACGUGCGAGUCAUGUGACCCAACUGAAACAGGAGAAACAGAGGUCUGGCAACCAGAAAGAGCCACAAAGGAUGUCUCCGGUUGUUUUCGAUUCACUUCUAGCACAGAGGACGUGUUUGGGCCUUAUUCUGUUAUAGAAGCUCUUCCAGGAAACACAAGUGGGACUGUAGACCCUGAGUGGAAUCCAGAUGUGGAUGAUAAUAUUCCAAGCGCAGAUGAAGUGCAAAUACAAGGUGCUUCUUGCCAGGAACCUUUCUACAUAUCAUCAGAUGACGUGGACAAGCUAGAAGAAAAGCAAGCUCUCUUAGAACUCCAAUGCAUUAAAGAAGGAACCGAGCUGAUAGAAAAAGCAAAAGACACUGACUCAGUGGAUGAGUAUGCAGACAUAGACAACACGCUCUGUCCAACAGAGGAUCAUUUGGAGCAGUCUGGAUGUGUCUCAUCUGAGGAUUAUGUUGAGAUAGGCGAUGAAGACGAGGAGGAGAAAGUGGAAAAAAAACACAUCAAAGCAAAAAGUGCUAAAGAAAGGACUGCGAAACGAGAGCAGGCUUUCCAGAGAAAAAGCUGCCAGCCUCGCCUCAGGUUGUGCAACAUCACCGUGCCUGCAGAUUUGGACCUGGGCCGCACCCCAGAGCUCACCAACAGGGUGGUGUUUGCCCACACCACAGAGGCCUUCGAGGAAGACAUCGAAGAACUGGACUGCCAUAUUGUGCCUUACUAUGAAGACACGGACUCAGACAGUGAGGAGCACAUUUACGAAGAGGCAAGGUUUGAAUCUGAUGGGGAGAACCCUGAUCCAAAGGCUGCUGUCACAAGAUCACGAUCUUAUUCUGGGAAACUGCCUAGUAAUGUCCCUGAAACUGUACCAGAGGAAACAGUGACAGAAUAUCCAACUCAUGACUACUACACCGUAGCUUUGGAUAAGACCAGGGACCCCGUCAAUCCUUCAGAACAGCUACGAGUCAACGGUGCAAAUAUUCUGUCACAGACUGAACUCAAGGAUGAGAUCAGGAUAAAAAGGAAGAAUGAAAACCUUUCUCUUCCAUGUGUCAUAACAUCUUCAGGAAGCUUUUCUCACCGUGUUCAACAGUCAUCCAGUGGGAUCUCCACACCAACCUCUAUGGUGGACAUACCUCCACCUUUUGACUUUGUAUACAUCACUAAAAGGCCAGUGACCAAGAGCUCACCGUCACUCCUGAUCCAACAUGAAUCCAACGAAUUACCUAAGAAAAAAAAGACUUCUUUCAAGCAUUUUUUUGCACUCAAGUUCAGGAAGAAGACAGAUUCAAAAGGUUUCAAUGAUGGAAGUGUUCGUUCCUCACGUUCUUCCUCAGCAUCCAGCCACCAUGGGCCUGCAAGAGUCAUUGAGCUUGAUAAUACGAGCAGUGGCAGCUCUCCCCAGCCUGGAUCCCACAUAACCAAAGUCAAGCAGCCUCACUCUGACUUGCCACCCUCCUUCCUGCUCUACAAAGACCAGAGGAGGAAAGGGGACCCCAAAUCUUAUGGAAGGGAUGUCUCCAGAGUGAAGUCUUUCAAAGAGGACCCUCGGCGCUCCAUCAUGCCGCUGCCUUUGAACAAACCUCGCUCCAUCUCCUUCCCAAGUGCAGAUACUUCCGACUAUGAAAACAUUCCAGCCUUGAGCUCGGACUAUGAGAACAUCCAGAUUCCAAGACCAGUCAGAUCCCACACCGUCACAGAGUUUUUUGAGAAUCCGAGCCGCACAACUACUACCUACAAUGAGAACGAUGGUUAUGUGGAUAUGAACAGUUUUCCCGGAAUUGACAGGAAGCCUGAGACAUCAAAAGCAGAUUCUGAAAGUGCCUACACUGAGCCUUUUCCAAUGAACCCUGUCCCUGCUGGACUGUCUGUGGAGGACGACCACGGGCGUACCUCGGAGGAGGAGGAUGGGGUCUUGGAACAAAGUUAUGACAGACAAAUUGAUGGCCGAUCUCGAGCGUUCUACAUUGCCAAGGAACUCGUGGACAGCGAGAGGCUACAUGUCAGUGCUCUCAAGCACAUCCAGGAGGAUUUCAGGUCAGCAGUGGCCGAGGCGGUGAAUGAGGAGGGGGAACCAGUGUUGGAGGAGCAAAAGUUGGGGGAGAUACUGACCGUGCUCCCAGAAGUGUACAGACUCCAUUGCAGCAUCUUAGCCGACAUGGAGGAACGAAUUAGCCAGUGGGAAGAAAGCCAGAAGAUGGUGGAGGCGAUCUUGUCCCGUCAGGACGAUUUUGGGGUGUUUGACACUUACAUCUGCCAGUACGAUCGCAGCAUGUCACUACUGAAGCAGAGCUGCAGGAACAACCCUGCUUUUGCCAACAUCGUCAAGAAAUUUGAGAUGAGAGGUGAAGAAGAAAGUGAAGUCCCACUGAAUCACCAGCUCCUACAUGUCGUCGUGAGAGUACUUCAGUAUCGAAUGCUACUCACAGACUACCUGAACAAUCUUUCCCCUGAUUCUAAGGAAUACACAGACACUCAGGCUGCCUUGGUGAUCGUGUCCGAGGUGGCAGAUCAGGCCAAUGACAAUCUCAAACAGGGGGAGAAUUUGUUGCGUCUGGUCCACAUUGAGUACAGUGUGAAGGGAAAAAGGGAUCUUCUGAAACCUGGCAGAAUUUUUGUGAAAGAGGGCACUCUCAUGAAGGUCUCCAGGAAGAGCAGGCAGCCGCGACACCUCUUUCUGAUGAAUGACAUGAUGCUGUAUACCUACCCUCAGCAAGAUGGCAAAUACAGACUUAAGAACACCCUACCUUUGUCAGGAAUGAAGGUGAGCAAACCUGUGCUGGAAAACGUGCUCAACUGUCUGAGGAUUGAAGUGUCUGACAUCACCAUCACACUCUCUGCAAGUUCGGUUGGAGAACGAGAAGACUGGUUCCACACUUUGAGCCGAGCAAUAGCAGACCACGCUGCAGGACUCUGCACGUUUGGCGGCCCUUGCAGUGAGGCCCGUGAAAAACUGUGGAUGGCGCUCGGAGAAACUGCACCUGUACUGGUUCCAGUUUCACAAGUGAUGAUGUGCAUGAACUGCACAACUGAUUUCAGCCUCACACUCAGACGGCACCACUGCAACGCCUGUGGAAAGGUGGUAUGUCGAGCUUGCUCAAGAAACAGAUACCCUCUGAAGUACCUCAAAGAUAGGAUGGCAAAAGUGUGCAACCUCUGCUUUGCUGAGCUAGAGAAAAAAGGUGGCAGCGUUCCAGCAGCUUGUGAUAACUCCAGCCUCCGAAGUCAUCGGGUCAGUCGGCCCCUCUCAACUGUCUUCCAGAGUCUGCAGCCCCCCAGUCUGUGGAAAUUAAGAAAAAGUACCUCCAACCUCACCCAGGUUUCACUCGGCGUGGAGGGCUCCACCAUGAGUGGGAGCCUGCAGCGGCGAAAGAAGAGCAAAAGAAAGUGGAAGAGGCUGUGGUUCCUCCUCAAAGAUAAGGUGCUCUACACCUUUACAGCCCGCGAGGACAAAGUGGCUUCAGAAAGUUUGCCUCUUCAGGGCUUCACUGUGAAGCUGACCGAGGCGCCUGAGGAAGAAGACAGCAGCAGCAGCAGCGUGUUUCAUUUGUACCACAAGAAAACCCUCUACUAUACCUUCAAAGCCGAUGAUCAACACACGGCACGCAGAUGGGUUAAUGCCAUGGAAGAAGCCACCGUUUUAUAGCAUCUGCUCAGUUCACUUAAAGCCCUUCUCCCAUUGGCUGCUAGAACUUUGUGAAACACAACAAAACUACCUGCUGCGCCUAAACACAGACCAUCAGAGAGCAUGUAUCACAUCUGGUUUUCAGUGGGAUUCAAAGACUAACCCCCCUAAUGACCUUUUAAAGGAGGAUGCCACCUUGUGGCCGAAGGAAAAAGGAAAAGAAACCAAGGCAAACCAGGAGGAUUUCAGCAUCUGUGGCGACAAACUGGAUAAAUAUCCACAAACAUGAACAUUCACCAAGGCCUUCCCUUUUCAAGAGCAGCUUAAUUUUAAAAAGAUAAAUAUUACAAGAAAGAUUUUUAUUGCAGCCAUUUCUAAUUAGUUUCUCUCUCUUUAUUUUUUUAAGAUUUCUCAUCUAACAGAAACAUCUUCAGUUUUUUUGUUUAAAUAAAGAGGAAUUAUUCGGAAAUUACUUCAAAUACACUUUAAGUUUAUAAAAAAAGAUGCAAACAAACUGUCUUGAAACAAGUUAAAACACUACAGGAAUCUGGUAUCUAUGUGACACUGACUUUUUGUUUUUGAGAUGGCGCUGUGCAUUUCUACUGUAAUUUCUAUUGCCUCUUUUGACAUGUUCUGCCAUUUCUAAGGGGAUUUGAUCAAGACAGGAUUAUUUAAUCCCUGCAUACAAAAAGAAGUCCUUUUUUUUUUCAUUAAACAACAAAAUUCUCUUCAGGACAAAGUAACGCUGAUUCCAUCCAUCCAUCCAUCUUCCUCCGCUUAUCCGGGACCGGGUCGCGGGGGCAGCAGUCUAAGCAGAGAUGCCCAGACUUCCCUCGCCCAAGCCCCUUCCUCCAGCUCCUCUGGAGGGACCCCAAGGCGUUCCCAGGCCAACGCUGAUUCCUUUGCAAUAAUAUGUGAAACAUCAUCAUCCAUUCGUUUUAUUGGGGAAAUUUUUGCCCGAUUUUGACAAAUAUCUGUUUCAAAUCAUAAAUUGUCAAAUUUACACUGCAGAUAAUGAAAUCAUAUAUAAAAAUGAUUUGUAUAAAAUGGAAUUACACAAAAUUCAUUAAAUAUUGUGUUCAUGACUGUAAGUGAACUUUAUACUUAUUGUGGUGUUUUAGUCAAUGUCUUUUAAAUGAAACUGUAAAAUUUCUUACAGCAUGCCAAUCACUUUUAUAAAUGUAUUUUAACAGUUAUCUUUUACACAUCAUUGAAAUUUGCUGUGCUGAUCUAAAGUGCCAAUUUAUUAUUUUUCAUUGAAGGUUGUGCAAUUUGAAAUUAUUCUGAGGAUGGUGCCUCUAAUUCAACUGUAUCUUUCAUUUUUCUGUUAUCACAGUACUGUAUGGACAGACAUGUUUUGAUUUUUUUGUUCUAACAUGUUUCUAUUACGUUACAGUAUUAGCCACAUAUAAAAGGAUAUAUGAUUGUGAUAUUUUAUCACAGCAUUUUUCUUGAUGUAUGCUGCUGGAUAAAAAUAUAUCCUGUCUGUGUUGAACUCAUCUGUGCUGCUCAUGUCUCCUGGAUAGGGAAUUUUAUGUUCAUUUAUGGUUUUUCUGUGUUAUUAGUAAGACACCUUUUUAUUAAUAUAAACCCUAAAAAGCAGGAUCUGUCUAAUCAACAUGCAUCCCUACUGCACAUAUACCUUCAUUCAUCAUGUCACAUUUCUUUUGAAGCUCUCUUUUGUGCCUUUGUCUGUUCAGAUUUUCUAUACAUUCCCUACAGCCUAAACCCAACAAGUUAUGGGUUACACUUCCAGCAUGCAGUGUGUUGUAAAUAUUCAUGUAAAUAGGAACAAAUUAAAAAUAAAUCACUUUAAAAUUUGCAUCCAAAGGACAAUAACAGUGUAGGCCUGCAUUUUUAAUCAUUUACUUUACUGAUAAAGGAGAGCUGAGUUAGACGACUAACAUAAUGGAACAACGGCCUGACAGAUAAGAGUGUGCACUUAAGUACCCCUUUGUGUGUUUUGUUUUUUGCAGUCUUAGUAUGCUUGUCAUCUAAAUUCCGAGGCUGCAUGCAGUCACUGAAGCUUUGUGGGAUGAUGUUGGCAAAAUGUAAGUUGUGUAAGAUAGUGUUUGUCCAAUAGGGUGCAGCAACACGUCCCGCCAAGCUGAUAUAAUCUUGAUACAAAGGCUUAAGACUUCCUCUUCCACUUCUGAGUGUGAAACAGCAAUUCGAACAAAAACAGCUUUGUUUGAAAGAUAAAUGGAAAUGUUAUACCAGUUUUUCCUCGCAAAAAUGGAUUUUGCACCUCUGCGUAGUGUCUUUUUUAUUGUCAUUUAUUUUAAAACUUUGACUCACAAACUUAUAGUUUGUGUCUGAUCUUCAAUGAAUAUGUUUUCAUCCCCCA